UGCAUUCUGUUUCUCCUCUCUGGUGUCUCUGUAGUUGCUAUUAUUGUAUAGCAAUCUUCUUCAUUGUUUUUUUUUUAAAUGGACUGUGUUGUCAACUAUCACUGAAUGGGAUCUUGGGCAUGCAGUUAAUGAAAUUUGGGGCUUAGUCCUAGGAUGCAUGAGAACAUUUUUCUGAUUUUUCCUUGAGUGUGGGUGCCUCUCUUCUAAGGAUCAUUGGUGUAUUAUCAUUGAAUUGAAUUAUGUAGUGCAUUAAUUGGUUCCUUGUUCGAUGGUCAACAGUAAUAGUAUUUUAUGUUUGUUGUAACAUUAUUUCUGUUAUCAGAAAUGGGGAUGCAUAUGCUGGCGAAUACUUUGCGGAUAAGAUGCAUGGGUAUGGAGUAUAUAGAUUUGCAAAUGGUCAUUGUUAUGAAGGAUCCUGGCAUGAUGGCAAAAGGCAAGGUCUUGGAAUGUAUACGUUUAGAAAUGGAGAAACCCAGUCUGGUCACUGGCAAAAUGGGGUCCUUGACAUUCCCAGCACACAGAGUGCCACCUAUCCUGUUUCUCCUGUUGGUGUCAAUCAUUCCAGGGUACUAAAUGCAGUGCAGGAAGCAAGAAGAGCAGCUGAGAAGGCCUAUGAUGUGGCCAAGGUAGAUGAAAGAGUGAAUAGAGCAGUAGCAGCUGCUAACAGAGCAGCCAAUGCAGCUAGAGUAGCUUCUGUCAAGGCUGUGCAAAAUCAAAUGCAUCAUAAUGUUAACAGCAAGAGCAUACCAAUCUCCAUUUUGUGAGGGUAUCAGCUGUAAUUUUUGUUACACACUAAAGAUGCACGAGAUUGUUGGAAGAGAGCAAGCAGAUUUAUUAUCCUCUGCCUUAAGGCUUGUAUAGAGGGAGAAAUGGUGAUGGCUUCCACUUGGUAAAAAUCUACAUA